CGCGUGUGAAAACAUAUAAAGUAUAUUUAUAAUGUUCUCUAAUAGAAAUAUCACGUAAAAUGUCGGCGAUUUUGUCGCCUCGAUGUCCGUAACUUCAUUGCCAAAAUAUCGCUGUUGUAUUGCUGUUAGAAAACUGAGAGGGGUGAUCGUAGCUGAGGACAUUAAGCUGGACUUGCGAUCGAUGCUUCUUCCGGCUUAUUGCUAUAGCUCAUGUCGACGGUCUACAAACCAUCUGGAUUAGUGCGAUUUGUGUCGUGGAGGGCCCGAUUCAGUCAAAAAUGGAAGAUGAACGUGAACAGAUCAAAAUUGUAGAGAAGCCCUCUAUUAAAAGGGUAACAAGUGAGAUUUACAACAAUAAUAACACGUCAGGUUACGUCAGUGAUUCCAGUGAAAGUGAUGUCGUCAUCGAUAAAGAAGUUUCUGAAAUUGCGGCUUCACAGGGAAGUAUUUGGGACAAUUUAUCGAACCAGCUCUCUGAUUUGGCAGCAGGAGAGUCAACAAGCGGUGAAUGUGAUGAUAUCAUCGAUGCAGAUUUUUCAAAACUCGAGGCAUCAGAGGGAAGCAGUUUGGAUGAUUUACGGAACCAGCUCUCUGGUUUGACAGCAGGAGGGUCACAAGCGGUAAAUCAUGAAACCGUCUCUGUGCCGGGGCAGCUUCCUGUCAAUAAACCAUCCGACUCAGCAGGCUCAUUUAAAUUUCCCUCCCCGCCGAAGGACUCUCCUACAGACAACGAACAGCACGAGCCAGCUUCGGCUGACGAAAUGGAUGCAAUCCAUUCAAGGUCGUCGCAAUCGAGCCUUGAUUCCAACAGUUAUUGGUGGAGUUUAGCGUUAUUUGAUCUCCCUCCAAAGGCACUACACGAUGAUGAAGAGAAAAAUCUAUGGCCACUUGAGGAGGAAUUCUCUCUCAAAGAUCAGUGGAAAUUUAAGGAGGAUACUGAUUAUCGGCUUGCUACAGUAAUAGGAGCUGGAGCAUUCGGAAAAUGCUACGUUGGCGCUGUUCAAAGGGUUAAUACUGAGGAAGAGAGAGUAUUCUGUGUCAAAAAGUGUGAAUAUAAAAUGAAUGAAAUCCUAGUCCUAAGUCUUGCAAGGUGGAGCAAGAUUGCUGAAAUCGUCGAGUUUUAUGGAGCUACAGUCAAAGGCAAAAAUGUUCGCAUUUUUAUGGAGUAUAUGGCAGGCGGAACCAUUGCUGAGCUGAUUAAAGAGAGGGAAAUUUCGCAAGAGGAUAGUCUUCGUUACUUAGAGGUUGUCCUUAAAGCUCUAGAGUUCUUACAUUGCAAGGGGAUCGUACAUAGAGACAUUAAAGGAGAUAACGUUCUUUUAGAUUUGGGAGAUGAUGGCUUUCUUUCUGCCAAGUUAGCAGACUUUGGAUCUGCAGAAAGUACAGCAAUGGAGCGCGAAGUUAGACCCUCAUUCGAUAUUUGGAAGACCGGCUGUCUGUUGCUGGAGAUGUUGAAUCGUGAAAGACCUCUUCGUCUAAUCGAUGAAAGAGCUCUUCAAAGACAGAACUCGUGUAACCCAGUGGAAGACUUCCCUCCACAAGCCAUGGACAUAACUAAACAACUUUUACGACUUUUGUUCGGACUAGAUGGCAGUAUCCCUACAGCUGCUGCAGUCUUAAAACAUUCAGGAGCUUUUCCUGUGGCAGAAUUGCUAAAUCGCCUUCCUAAGGAAUCAUAAAGUCUGGAAAGUUCCACUUAACCUCAGAUUUCUUUUUAUUUUAUUUUACAAUACACCAUGUGUUCCAAUACAAGCAAAAACCAUAAUUCUAACGUUUCUUACAAUACUUAUGGUGAUUCCCUUUUCCAUUCUUAUUAUUGAAAAUACAAAAUUGUAAUAUAAAUGCUGCAAUCUAAAUAUUAAUACAAUUGAUUAACAACACUAAAUUUUCAAUGCAAAGUUACAGAAAAAAACAAACAAACAAAAGGUUUGGCUAACAACAGAAACAGCCAUGCAAUUACUGUUGCAAGCAAAGCAACAAACAAACAGUCAAAAACAAAACUACCAAAAAAAGAAAGAAAAGAAAAAACUUAAACUGGAGCUGAGAAUUUUGAGUCCAUUGCUUAUAUCUAAGGUUCCUAUGUCAUUAUUUUUGUAUCCCUGUGUUUAAUUACUUACAUUAACCUUCAAUUUGAAACUCUCAAAAUGGACUUACACAUUUCUUGUUGCAAUCCCAAAAAAAUAUUUUUCAAAACUUUUUCUUAGUUUUCUUCCAGAAUCAGUUCCCGGCAAUUUGAAAACAAACCCAAGAAAAAUAUAAUAAAAAUAUUUAUAGAUAACUUGUCGAAUGUUCUAGGUGGAAGAUGUUUACGGAGUGUAUGGAAUUUUCCACAAAAUAUUGAUGAAUGUAUUUUGUAGAAUAACAACAGGCAUAUUAUAUUAAUCAAUAACAACAGGCGUAUUUUUGUACACGUUACUGUAAGUUGUAAAAUAUAUAAAGCAAAGACACUUUUCUAUAUUUAUUUUUCUUGACAUUUUCUCAUUCUAUUAAUAUCGCUGCUUGUUAACUGAAUUGUGUCUGUUCUGUUACUCAUUAUUAUAUAGAUACUGAUGAAAUUCCCAAGAUUUUUCCUUUUACUUAAAAAAUCAUAUCUUCAUUGCACACGGUGAAGAUACUAGAGACCUUAAGAUACCCCGAAAUAGGUGGACGUGUAACGGGUAGCGCCAUGUUUUUUUCAUUUUGCGAUGACGUCAUCGAUCUUAGCCGGAAGACUCAGCCGUUUUUCCGGGGUAGACACCAGUUUACUCGUAGAAGAAUUACGAGUACAAGAGUACGAGAAGAACGAGCUACAUGAUGGAGAAACAAGUGAGUUUUUAACACGUUUUGAAUUGUUUGACUCCUUGGCAAUGUUAUUGCAAGUCUGUUAAAAUAUUUUUGCCAAAUUUUAAAUCUAGUAGUAAAGAAAGUGCGUCAAACUGGAUUGACUUUGGAUCUCAAAUGCGAGGGUUGAACUCCGAAACGAUAUCAAUUUGUGGCGGUAAUUUGGGGGAUUUCUGAGUAUUUCUCCAAUGGUUGUGUCUCCCAAAAGCACUAGCAUUGACAAAUAUGGCAUGGGAGUCAAUGCUGAAGUUGACAAUCAAAGAAAUUGUUUGGUGAUGUGCCUCGAUCAAAUGGCGCGGUUUGCGAUAACAAGUGUCGUGCGCUCGCGCUAUCGAAGAAGAAGCAUAUCAUUGGCGUACUUUCUAAAGACAGAACAUUCGUAAAGGAGAAUUUUGGAUACAUUUGAUAGACUUAAUUAAACAAUUUAGAUAACUUAUUCCUGAAGA